ACAAACAACUUCCACGACAACAACGCCGCUAGAGAAGAGAGAGAUAAUGGUGACUCUAUGUAAUAAUCAAAUAUUGCUAUCUCUUUCAUUAUCUUCAUCUCAAUCUGCAACUCUACGAGAACUUAACCACCUCGCCGGUUUUACUCGUAGACGGUGGAAACUCCGUAGUGCACCGCAGCAGCAGUACAAUUACUCUUCAUACUCUAGGAUCAAAAGAUUUCAGCUUGUGAGUGCUAAAAAUUAUGAAGCCGGACAGUCGGAGGAUGCUGAGGAGAUAGUGCACAAGGCUUCUGAUGACUUAACUGGUAGUCUGGAAGAUAAAACUGUUCGCACAGGAAGUUCAUUUUUGGCAAAACUGGCAAUAGCAUUAGGUAUAGCUGCUACUAUUACAUUUCUAUCCAUAGGCCUUAAGCAGCCUAAUCAAGGAUCAAAUUUUGGAAUUCAAUAUCUGGUUGAUGGAUCAUCAUCUUCCACAAUUUCUACACCUGCUCCUGGUUUUUCUUUCAAAGCUUUUGGCUAUAGAGUCAUGCUGCCAGAAUAUGCUCCAGGAUGGAUCUACUUUUGGCUUCUGAUGGCAGCUGGUUUUGGACUUUUUAUCAGUGAGGAGGCUUUGAAUAUAUGGGUUGGAAUCUCUAUAGCACGGAUGCUUGUUCUAGAUGGGACGUGGCAAUCACUAGUGAACUCCUUUUCCAGGAAUGCUCCAUAUAUAACAUCCACUAUUCUUUGGGUGUACUGGGGUGUUUGCAUCAGCGAUAUGAUACCUUUUUACCUUGGGAAGCUUUUUAAGCAAUCUGGUGCAUCCGAUGAUGUUUGCUCAAAGUUAGGGAUCGGGAAUCAGAAGGCAAGAGAUAUUACAAAUGCUGUACAAAAACAUGGGAAUCUCAUUGGUUUUGUGGAACGGUUUUCUCUUGGAGUAAGAAAUCCCACUGCUUUCCUUGCAGGGGCUCUGGAUGUAUCACCAGAGUGUUUCUUUGCUGGUGUCUGUUGUGGCGGCUUGAUAACUCUUCCAAUUCAGUUGACAAUUGGAUUUUUACUAAGAGAGCGUCCAGUAUUUGCCGUUGCAACAGUUGCUACUGUAGUGGGAAUCUGGACUAUAUUCCCCUAUGCAGUGGCUGCUUCUACAGCAUUAUUCCUAUAUCUACGGCGCCAGUUUUCUGGUUAGGCCAACUCAUUACUUUUAUGAUUGGUUCACAAGUCGUAAAGAAUGUAGAGGCGAGCACUGAUGCAAGCCUGGAUGGACAUUGUUAUUAUUUGUUGAAAAUCAUCCACGACUUCCCCUAUCUUCCAAGGGGAAAGGAGACCUUUAAAUGUGAUAUAUAUCAAUAACUUAAAACAUUUCCGAGCUCAAAUUUUAAAGUUGUCAUAAAGUUACAGUAACAUUUGAUUCAGCUAGAGAAACCUUAUAUUUGCAAAUUGUGAGCUGCAGUAGUGAAGGUCUAAUUUAUCAAUUGGCUAGUCCUUCAGAUGUUAAAUAGGAAAGUUGAAUGCUGUAUGCAUCUUUGAGCUCAGCUAAUACUUCUGCAA